AUGCUGACUUCCAUCCAGCUGAUCACUUCUUUGCUUCUUUGCACGAGCAACAGCGAGAAACUUUUCCACCAUCGCGAUCACUCUGAUUUGCAGAUGUUCAACGGCCAGCAUGCCCAGAGCAUAACGGACAAGUACACAGCAGAGCUGUUCCUCUCCCGAUAUGGCUUCAUGAAGCCGGUGAGGUGGGAGGAGACGCGGGACAGCUACGAGGAUCUGGACUACAGUGAGGGUUUCCUGGACGAGCUCCAAGUGAGCAUCCAGGAGGGGACCUCGGUCCCUGGUUCCAGGGAUCGCCCUUCGCAAGAUGAAAAAAACCAAGCGUUCAGUGCAGCUCUUGAAAACUUCCAGAGGUUGUUCGGCCUGCCGGUGACGGGUGCGCUCGACGACGCCACCAGGGAGGCCAUGAACAAACCGAGGUGUGGCGUCCCCGACAAGGAGGAACCAGAGAACCCCGUUGAAGUGUUCAGCACCGAACCUGAACCCGACCAGACUCUGGCUUUGGAUGUUGAAAACAGGACCAGUGUGGACAUGUUUAACAAGACUGGGAGCAACUACACAACAAGUGACACAUUGCUGAGUGUCGCCAAUGACUCUGAAACAUACCUGGCGAAUGUUAACGGCUCAGUAAGUGGCCUCUCUGACACCAACACCACCGGUUUGGGCUCAGAUUUGACACCAACAAACACCUCCGUGGACAAGAGCUGGGCAAAAACGCGGCCGAGUCCGGCGGUGACACGCAGGAAGCGUCAACUGGCUGCCCUGGUGCACAAGAGCAGGAGACACAAGCGGGACCUGGGUGAGGCGGGACACGUGGCCUUCAGCAAGAACGUCCUGAAGUGGCGGCUGAUAGGCGAAGGCUACAGCAAUCAGCUGUCCAUCGAGGAGCAGCGCUACAUCUUCAGGCUGGCCUUCAGGAUGUGGAGCGAGGUGUCGCCGCUCCAGUUCAUGGAGGACAACCGCUCCCCGCUGGAGGACAUUGACAUCAGGCUGGGCUUUGGCACAGGAAGACAUCUUGGCUGCAAUCAGAGGUUCGAUGGCAGCGGUCAAGAGUUCGCUCACGCCUGGUUCCUGGGCGACAUCCACUUUGACGAUGAUGAACAUUUUACGGCGCCCAAUACCGGCAGUGGAAUCAGCCUCCUUAAGGUGGCAGUUCACGAGAUCGGACACGUUUUAGGGCUUCCCCACAUCUACAGACCUGGAUCCAUCAUGCAGCCCAGCUAUCUGCCCCAGGAGGCUGGCUUUGAAAUGGGCUGGAUGGACAGGAAAGCCAUACAGAACCUCUACGGGGCCUGCAGGGGCCGCUUCAGCACCGUGUUCGACUGGAUCCGACGAGAGAGGACCCCCUACGGCCAGAUGGUGGUCCGCUUCAACACCUACUUCAUGAGGGAGGGCUGGUACUGGCUGUACGAGAACCGCAAUAACCGGACGCGCUUUGGCGACCCGGUACCGCUGCAGAUGGGCUGGCGGGGGCUCCCUGAGGACGGCGUGGACGCCUACGUGCACGUUUGGUCCCAGAAACGAGAUGUCGUUUACUUCUUCAAAGGCACCCAGUUCUGGAAGUACGACAGCGACAACGACAAGGUCGUCACGCAGGACCCUGAGGGCCACCGCUAUCCCAGGAAGAUCUCAGAGGGUUUCCCGGGAAUCUCCGGUCCCAUCGACACGGCCGCUUAUGACCGAAGAGACUCGCGUGUUUACUUCUUCAAAAACACUCUCGUGUACGCCUUUAGCGUGGAGUCCAACGGCGUGGCGCCGGGUUUUCCCAAAGCCAUCCGCGAGGUGUUCCCGCCGGUGUCCAACGGCGACCACCCAGGCGGCAACAUCGACGCGGCUUAUUUCUCAUACGCGCACAACGCCCUCUUCCUCUUCAAGGACCAGCACUUCUGGCAGGUGGCGAACGGCCGCGACCGCCGCCGCCGCCCCUUCCUGCCGCGUAACGGCCUGCUGGCGCACAAGCGAGUGGAGCAGCAGUGGUUCGACAUCUGCAACGUCCACCCCACCGCACUCACGCUGACCCGAUGAAGACGAUUCAACAGUCUCGUCACAGCGCUUUGCACGUUGGGCGACAAAAUGGAAUCAUAUUUUUCUCCGUUUUCCACACAGCACCGGCAAAUAACUAAAUGCAAAGAGCGUGGAUAACAAAAACAAUCCCUUUGUUGGCUACAGUAGAAUU